AUGAAAUCCUUCCGAAAACACGAUCUGAAACCCAAUACCAUUGCCAUUCUCCCACCUCAAGGCUACCAACCCAAGAGAAACUAUUCCCAGGCCUGUAUGCACUGGUUAAAUUAUCUGAUGGAGACGGACCCCAAUCUGCACCUCCAGCACGCUAGGAAUGGAGGUGAAAAAGAGUUCACGUGUGGAGUGGGCCAUAAUCAGUACAAUGUGGAUGGCUACGAUCGAGCAACAGGCACCAUCUACGAAUUCCUGAGGUGUUUCUGGCAUGGGUGUCAAGCCUGUCACAAGACCCAACGUGGAGAACCUCAUCCCGUCCUGGGCACGCCGUUGGGAGCACGUUAUACAAACACCCGCUACCGCCUGAGUCUCUUGAGUCAACACCCUGAGGUGAAACGGAUCGUCACCCUGUGGGAGCAUGAGUUUACAAAAAUGCAACAGGAGAACUCCAUUCUGCGUGCUUUCUUGCAGGGACCCCCCUGUAUCCACAUCCCUGGACCGCUCAACCCUCGCGACGCCUUCUAUGGAGGACGCACCAAUGCCAAUGAAGCCCAAGAAGAUGAAACCAUCAAGUACAUCAUUUGUAAGACCGGAGCAUUUCCCAUGGGACACUCGACCCCUCUCCAUCAACCACCUGUGGACACGUUGUUUGAGCUGAAAGGACUUAUCCAAUGUCGUGUCCUACCCCCGAAACGACUCUAUCAUCCGCUACUGCCCUACAGAUCCGGUGGCAAACUGCUCUGUCCUUUGUGCCUUACGUAUGCCGAUACCUGGUCAGACUCCCCCUGCAAGCACACGGACAAAGAGGGGUCAAGGGUGGGUACGUACGCCACCAUAGAACUGCAUGAAGCCGUGAAGAAGUAUGACUACCAGGUGCUUCAGAUCUACGAUGUUUGGCAUUUUGACACCUUUGCACAGCAUGACCCCGACACCCAGCAAGUAAGACUCUUUGACACUUAUAUCGAUCGUCAUUUCAAGGAGAAGCUCGAAGCCAGCGGAUACCCCGAGGGAUGUACGGAUCACGGCGCUUACAUCCAGGAGAUCUAUGACAAAGAAGGCAUUGGGUUGGACAAGGACCGCAUCGAAAAAAACCCAAGACUUCGCACGAUUGCCAAGAUGCAACUGACUUCGCUCUGGGGCAAGUUUGGACAACGGUUAGACUACAGUCACAACAUCUAUAUGAACGAUCCUGUACAGGACUUUGCCUUGUGGAGGAAUGAACGCAAUACCAUCGAGGAUGUCACCGUUGUCAACGAACACAUGGUGGAAGUGACCUAUACCCAGAGGAAGAAUUCCAAACCCCUCAUUCUCAUUUCAAUGUUGCCAUCGCUGCUUGGGUCACUGCCCAAGCACGUCUCAAGCUGUACGAGACCCUUGCCCUGGUGGGUCGCAGGGUCUUGUACUUUGACACGGACAGUGUCAUUUACAUUCAUCGACCCCACUACACGAAUCCAGAGCUGGGCCAUUCGUUGGGUGAGUUUACAGAUGAACUGGACGGAAACACCAUCAACACGUUUGUGUCAGGAGGCCCCAAAAACUAUGGCUAUGAGUUAA